AUGUAUACGAUUGAGAAAUUGAAGGAUUUAAUUGAUGAAAGCCUUCCGACGGAGGACGGCUUCGAAUCCUACAUAUUCUCGGUUGAGAGCUAUAAUAAGUCUGUUAGCGAAGAUUUCAAACUCAACAUGGAUUCUGACGCAGCAGGAGUUGUAAUACUUAGCACUCCUAUGAUGUUUGAUGUUUCUUUCAAACGUUGGUUCCGUGAGAAGCUUGAGCAGUUAGGAUCACUUGACGCUAUCGCCGAAGAAGUAUCCUCUCCUAUCCAAGAGUUUAUGAAUUUCCGCCUGUCAGAAGUCGAACAAAAGCUUGAAGUGCCAUACGAGCUGUACCAUGAUUACUCGAUGACGCCUGCACGACGACCAAAGAUACUCGUUCAAACUUGUGGACACGUUAGUGGAGCUGCCUAUUACUAUCAGCCGAAACAUGUACAGAAAGAGGAUUGGCCACCUGAAGGAAGGAUGGAUGCCAAAUUGAAGUUUAUAGGAUUGAGUUUGCAUCCCAUAUAUGGAGGUCAUUUUGCUUUUCGUUCCGUCUUCCUCUUCCCAACCGUAAAAAUUACGUUCAAGCCCAUUAUCCCUAAAUCAAUCUUAUCAACCGAUGAAGAGAUUAGAAUGGCUUUAGAGAAAUUCAAUUACUCGUGGAAAGAUUCUGGUUUUAGAGACUUCGGAGCCCCCAAAAGACGUUAUUCGGAUGUUCAGGUGAAUUUUUUCGGUAAACCUCCAGCAGAUCGUUGGGAAGUGCUACGAGAAUGGUGUUAA